AUGGUAGUACUCAAGGUCACGUACGGUUCCGAGAUCAGGAGGAUCACGGUCGACGACACCCAGGCCUUCUCCUACAAGGACCUGCGCGUCCUCCUGAAGAAGCUCCAUCACAACACUCUCCCGAACCACUUCGAGAUCAAGUACCUCGAUGAUGAGAACGACAAGGUGACCAUCUCCAGCGAUCGCGAGCUCGCCGAUGCCCUCCAAUUUGUCAAGACGGCCAAGCAGCCUCUCCUCAGGAUCAUGCUCUCGGAUCCAGUCAAGAAGGCCGCCCCCGCCCCUGCGCCCGCCCCGGCUCCCGCUGCCGAAGCUCCCGCUGGCAAGGAGAAGGAGUCCCAGCAGGCUACCGGUGCCUUCAGCCCCACGCAGCUGUUGGAGGUGAUCGAGGCCGCCCUCAGCUCGCCCGAGGUCCAGCAGACCUGGGAGAACGUCCAGGACACCUUCACCACCUGCGUCGACCAGGCCGUGCAGGAGGGCCGCACCGCCGCGCACUACGUCCAGCAGCACCCGCAGUUCUCGCGCGUUCAGCACCUCCUGACCGAGCGCCUGCCGCAGGCCAUCCACAACGACUUCAACACCACCCUCCCGCGGCUCAUCAACGACAUUCAGGCCAUCUUUGCCAACAUCCAGAUCCCCAUCGCGCCGGCCGCCCCCGCGCCUCCCACCACGCCUCAGGUGCACCACCACGCCAUCUGCGACGCGUGCGAGAGCCGCAUCGUGGGCAUCCGCUACAAGUGCACGAGCUGCCCCGACUACGACCUGUGCGAGGCGUGUGAGGCCAAGACCCCGGCCGUGCACGACUCGACCCACUACUUCAUCAAGCUGCGCACCCAGCUGCCGUGGGGCAUGGAGCACGUCCGUCUCGCCUCGUCGCCCACCAACACCAGCCCCCUCGGCCGUGCCGCGCGCUGCCCCUACUUCCAGGUGCCCCAGCAGCGCCACCAGACCUUCCAGCAGCAGCAGCAGCAGCCGCAGCCCCAGAGCGAUCCGCAGCACCACCAGGGUCCUCGUGUGCGCCGCCACCCGUGCCGCUUCAUGCUGUCAGCCAGCUUCGUCUCGGACGUGAGCAUCGAUGACGGCACCGUGCUGUCGCCCAACACGCCAUUCGUCAAGGUGUGGCGUCUGCGGAACGACGGCGAGCGCGCCUGGCCCGAAGGCACCACGCUCACCCACGUCUUUGGCCCGCGCCUGUCCGACGUCCAGUCUGUCUCCGUGCCCGCCCUGCCCGCCGGCGAGGAGGUCGACGUGGCCGUCAACAUGGUCAGCCCCGCCGACGCCGGCCACUACGUCAGCAACUGGCGCCUGACCGGCCCGCGCGGCUACAAGUUCGGCCACCGCGUGUGGGCCGACAUCACCGUCCAGCCCGCCACCACCGUCACCAACUCCGUUCCCGCCGCCGCCGAGCAGCCGCAGGAGGAGUCCAAGGUCGAGGAGGCCGAGCAGCAGACCACCACCUCGACCCCGACCGUCGAAGAGCCCGCCUCGUCCGAUAGCGAGUGGGAACAGAUCAUCGAAGAAGAGGAGGAGAAGAAGGUGGAGGAGGAGGCCGUCGUCGAGCCGGUCGAGGAGCCCAAGGUGGUGCAGAUCGUGAUUGAGGAUGCCCCAGUCCCCGUCGUCGCUGCUCCGGCCGCCACGCCUGCUCCCGAGCCGGCCCAGGCCGCUCCUGCUCCUGCUGACGAGGACGACGGUGUGAGGAUCGUGCUCGAUCAGCUCGCGCAGAUGGGCUUCCACGAUCGCGCGCUCAACAAGAGGAUGCUGGCCAAGAACAGGGGCAACGUGCUCGCCACCAUCCACAAGCUCCUCGACAUGUAA